GGGCACAGCUGCGGAGCGGUCGGCGGCGGGGGCCCGGAGCGCGGCGCUGCGGGGAGAGCGCGAGGCAGCCCCCUCCUCGGGAAGCCCCCGGCCCGGCUAGGGGAGGCCGGCGCGGGGCGAGGCGGGGAAGGGGCCGGCGGCCAAUGCGAAAUUGGCUGGUGCUGCUGUGCCCGUGCGCGGUCGGGGUCGCGCUGCACCUCUGGCUGCUGCUCGGCGGCCCCUGGAGGCACCCGGCAGGUCCACUUGCUUUCUUUCCUCAGUGGGAACUGAAACAUUACGAUGUUAUCGUCGGUGUAUUAUCAGCUCGACAUAAUCAUGAGCUGCGGAGUGUUAUAAGGAACACUUGGUUCAAGCACUUGAAACAACAUCCAGCGCUGAGCCCUCGUGUCCUUGUGAAGUUUAUAAUAGGUGCACAUGGCUGUGGUGUGCCGGUGGAGGACAGAGAAGAUCCUUAUUCCUGCAAACUUCUGAACAUCACUAACCCAGUUUUGAAUCAAGAAAUCGAAGCAUUCAGUCUCCCUGAAGAUACGCCUUCAGUGCUUUCUGAAGACCGCAUUGUUAGUGUGAACUUCCGAGUUCUUUACCCCAUUGUCAUUACCAGUCUUGGGGUAUUCUAUGAUGCUGAUGGUGUGGGAUUCCAGAGGAAUAUCACUGUAAAACUAUACCAGGCCGAACAGGAGGAAGCUCUCUUCAGUGCUCGCUUUAGCCCACCUAGCUGUGGAGUGCAAGUUAACAGAUUGUGGUACAAACCUGUAGAACAGUUCAUUUUGCCAGAGAGUUUUGAAGGUACUAUUGUGUGGGAAAGCCAGGACCUUCAAGGCCUUGUUUCUAGGAAUCUUCACAAAGUGAUGGUUAAUGAUGGAGGAGGAGUUCUCAGAGUCUCUACGACAGGGGAAGGUUCAUGGCCACAUGAAUUCACAGAUGGUGUGGAAGGAAUAGCAGGAGGCUUUAUUUACACUAUUCAAGAAGGUGAUGCUCUUUUACAAAGCCUUCAUACUCGCCCUGAGAGGUUUGUAAACCACUUAAAAAACCUUGAAGAAGAGGAUGCAUUAUUGAAGGAAGAAAGCAGCGCCUAUGGUGAUAUUGUUUUUGUAGACGUUGUUGACACCUACAGAAAUGUUCCAGCCAAAUUACUGAACUUCUACCGAUGGACAGUAGAAUCAGCUAACUUUGAUUUGUUGCUGAAGACAGAUGAUGACUGUUACAUAAAUUUGGAAGCUGUGUUCAACAGGAUAAUGCACGAAAAACUCGACAGGCCAAAUAUCUGGUGGGGCAAUUUCAGACUAAAUUGGGCAGUUGAUCGGACAGGGAAGUGGCAAGAACUGGAGUAUCCCAGUCCAGCAUACCCUGCCUUUGCCUGUGGGUCUGGUUAUGUUAUCUCCAAAGACAUUGUUCAAUGGUUGGCAAGCAACUCUGACCGACUCAAGACAUACCAGGGUGAAGAUGUGAGUAUGGGCAUUUGGAUGGCAGCUAUAGGGCCUAAACGAUAUCAGGACAGCCUCUGGUUGUGUGAGAAGACAUGUGAAACUGGAAUGCUAUCUUCCCCUCAGUAUUCCCCACAGGAACUAACAGAGCUCUGGAAAGUGAAGGAAUUAUGUGGAGAUCCUUGUAGAUGUGAGGAAAGAUGAUAGAUACCACCUUAGUAGUCCUGAUUGUGUGUUUAAUAGUGGAAAUUUCACCUAUAAUGUAAUCAAUAUUUGCUAAUCCAUUUUGAUAAAAAUGGACUGAUGCUGUCCAGAGUAGCAUUUUUCUAUAGGUGAGAUGUUUGUUAGUUUAUCUUAAACUUUUGGUUUUGUCAAUUUCCUUUUUUAUAAAGUCAAAGGACUAUUGGUAAUUAAUGCACAUAUGAAUUCCAACUAGCUUGUUUGAAAUGUGUAUUAGGAUGAUAAUAGUGUAGAACCACUGCUAUACAUGAGUCAGCAGGUGCAAGGUUCCAUGCCAGCACAUCCCUUUACAGGAUUAAUGUAAUCCACAACCGCAAACUGGGGGAGGGUUGUAACCGGGUACUUGCUCAUGUGGGGUUGGGAUAGUUAGAUUUUAGGAUUUAUAUUGAGUUUGUGUAUACUUUUUAGUGAUUUGGAUGUAAGAUAUCAAACUUUGCUUAUACCAAAUCUUGAACUACAGCAAAUAAUAACCAGAUUCAAAGGAAUUUGCAUCUUUCUGAUGACUAGAAAAAAAGUUUGAGCAACAUAUGGAGAAUAUCCAUUAAACUGCAUAACUUGUCAGCAUAUUGCACAGCUAUUUUGAAUAAAUUCAGCAGCUUAAUCUUAA